AUGAGUGCAUCCCCACCACUCACCAUAGGCAGCCUAUAUCCUGAGCAGGAAACUAGAGUAAUCAUACCUGCCAAAGGCCCAACGAUAAAGACCCAGCGUCUCUAUCUAAGACCGCUCGAACCGUCCGAUGCGGCUGAUAUCUUUGAGAUCCGAAGUCGACAAGACGUGGCCGACUUUCUUUUGUCAAGAAUCCCUCACAAAACCGUUCAAGAGACAGAAGCCUUGAUCAUUGGCAAAAGCUUCCAGACUCCAGAUGCAUCAGGCGCUCUGGGACGACGGUUUACUUUUGCGAUAACGCAGCUGGACGAUGCCUCACGAAAGGUCAUCGGGGCGGUAGGAAUAAAUUCGCUCGUACCGGUACCGUCCAUCGGAUAUAGUAUUCAUCCUGAUUUCUGGGGCAAGGGGUUCGUGAGCGAAGCUGUAGCGGGAGUUGUGGAUGCGUGGUGGGACCUUGAGCGGAAAGAUGCAUGUGUACGGGUUCUUGGCGGUGCUCAGCUGGAGAAGGAGAAGCUGUUCGCGGCGUGUAGUAAGGCGAAUGUGGGGAGUGUGAAGGUGCUUUUGAAAAACGGGUUUGAAAUUUAUGAGGAGAAAUGUCUGAUGGGCGACACUGUAGCGUUGUUUUCGCAAAGGUCCCCACGGGCUACAUGA